CCAAGGAUGUCAAAAAUGUCUGAUAUUUUUUAUCGCUGACGUUACAUCCGUAUGGAAUUCGUGUUUUUAUCGUACAGUUGAAGGAUUUUGGAGUUUCCAGAUUACUAUUUUCAAUGAUUUAAUUUGUGACUGAGAAUGACUUAAGCUAUACCAAAUAAUGUCUCGACACAGGAACGUUCGUUCCAUGAAUUAUUCUGAUGAAUACGACGGAUACGACGAUGUUUAUGGACACUCCGUUGAAGAUGAUUACUGCGUCUCUCCAGGUGCUGAACAGUUUCUCUUCGACCGCAACAAGCAGCAUAACAUUUCAUCCUACAUUACGGAAGAUGACAUAGCAGAGGAGGAUGAGCUACAGGAGGAGACGUUGCCACCCUCGAGCUAUAAGAGACCGGAACUUUCCAUCCUCGAUGCUAAAAAAUUGGAGUCUUGCAUCGAAGUUAUUAAAAACGUAGUGGGAGAUUCCAUACCUGAGUCAAUACUCACAGAGAAAAUUCUCCAGCAUAAUUUUAACUCAGAAGCAGCCCUCGAAGCUGUUCUUGCAGCUACCUCAACGAUUUCUCCAUCUGACAAGCGAGUGCCCACCAAAAACGGAGACGACCUCCCUCAAGGCAAGAAACUAGCGGCCAAACCAACAGUACCUGCGGUAUUCUCUCCUACGGUGAAAGUAGUACCAGCUGCGACACGGUCGGUUGUGAAAGGUUUUGACAUCAGCGGAGCAGAUGGAGAUCUUCUCCAUGCCAAAGGGGAAGGUUCCAGGUCGCAGAGUCCGUCGUUGGGUCCAACCUCUCCCGAUGUCAGGAGAAGAGAUUCAAAGCCAGUCUCGUCCAAAUCGAACACGCCAAGAUGUCAGUCUCCGGCGUUGGAACGACCGACACUGGAACAAGAGAUGAAACUGAAACCGAACGAAAAAAAACUGGAUGCACUUGGUGUGUUCAAAAACGUCCGAGGGGGCUCGAAGCAGCAACUGCAUUUGGUGGUCGUGGGACACGUAGAUGCCGGAAAGAGCACUUUGCUGGGCAGACUCCUCUGCGACCUGGGACAGGUGCCUUCGAAACUGAUGCAUAAAUUCCAAACGGAGAGCAAGAAAAUUGGAAAGCAGUCGUUCGCGUACGCGUGGGUGCUCGACGAAACUGGAGAAGAAAGGGAACGCGGCAUCACGAUGGACGUCGGUCACUCCAAAUUCGAAACGGCCACCAAGUCCGUCACACUUCUAGACGCCCCGGGUCACAGGGACUUCAUACCGAACAUGAUCUCAGGCGCGACUCAGGCUGACGUAGCAUUGCUCGUCGUCGAUGCGGCACGUGGAGAGUUUGAAUCUGGCUUCGAAAGCGGUGGACAGACCAGAGAGCACGCUCUGCUCUUGCGUUCACUUGGUAUAUCCCAGUUGGCUGUGGUCGUCAAUAAACUGGACACCGUCGAGUGGUCGAAGGAAAGGUUCGACGAAAUAGUGGACAAGUUGAGUGUCUUCCUGAAGCAAGCUGGUUUCAGAGAAGCGGUAACAUUCGUUCCGUGCAGCGGUUUGUCGGGAGAGAAUUUAGUCACCCACGCCAAGGAACAAGGUCUUUCCAAAUGGUACAAGGGACCAAGCCUGGUCGAGGUCAUCGAUCAAUUCAAAUGUCCAGAACGGCCCGUCGACCAGCCCUUCAGAUUUUCUGUCGAUGACAUUUACAAGGGUACCGGCACUGGAUUUUGUGUCUCCGGCCACGUUGAGACAGGGAUGGUAUCCGUUGGCGAGAAGGUGCUCGUCCUGCCUCAUAACGAAGUGGCAUCGGUGAAAGGCAUGCAGAUCGAUGAAAUGCCUGUGACAAAUGCGUUCGCCGGUGAUCAGCUAGUUGUCACGCUGAUGGGUAUAGACCAGCAGAUCAUCGGGGUUGGAGACAUCUUGUGCGAUCUCCAGCACCCGGUGCCAACGACGACCAGAUUCCAGGCACACGUGGUAAUAUUUGCCGUCCAAACGCCCAUUACUCGAGGGUUGCCUGUCGUCAUGCAUCAGCAGUCUCUGGUAGAGCCAGCUGUGAUAAAAAAGUUGGUCGCACAGCUCCACAAAAGCACCGGAGAAGUGAUAAAAAGGAAACCACGAUGCCUGCCUAAAAAUUCUAGCGCUGUCGUAGAGAUAGAAACUCAGCGCCCCGUCUGCAUGGAACUGUAUAAAGAUGUUAAACAACUUGGCAGAGUUAUGCUGCGUGUGGGAGGCACUACUCUAGCAGCUGGUUUAGUCACUAAGAUAUUCUGAUCCAAAGUGGGUGAAAUUUAAAUGAGGCUGGCUUAUCGCAGUACCCAAGUUUUACAAUACACACAACAUUUAUAAACUGUCACGGUUUUUUAAUACUUAUCAUGUACUAUAAGGUUACUCAAUCGCCAAUAAAAUCAUGGAUCACGUUGUAAAAUAAAAA